UUGAAAGAAACCCCAGAAAGAAGUAGAUUUUCUUCCUAGCUUACUAGCUGCAAAUGCUAGAUUUUUUUUCUACCUUUUUGUUCUGAUGCUUUUUACCAGCUAUGACAGAAGAAAUAACAUAUGCUAAUCUGAAAUUUGGAAACAGCCAUGCACUGCAUAAUAUCACAGAGCCUGAAGAUACUAAGGAAAAAGGGCCUCCCACUUCAUCCUGCUCUUGCCAGCCAGUAGUCCUGAUUUUGUCCAUUAUGUGCCUGGCAUUGCUGAUGGUGCUGGUGAUCCUGGCAGUUUUCUUUUUCCAGAUUCCCAAGGACUACAUGACACAGCUUAGAGACCUCAACAUGACAAAGAAUGAGCUGCAUGCAAAUUUCUCAAAUAUGCUGCAAGCAAUAGGAAAUCAGCUCUGCUUGGAAGGGGAGAAAAGCCUUAAAAAUAAUGGCCAGAAAUGUGUACUCUGCCCUGUAAACUGGAAGUGGGAUGGUGGCGAUACAUGUUACUACCACGCCCAGGAACAGAAGACAUGGCAACAGAGUCGCAAAUUUUGUCAGGAGCAAAAUUCUACUCUUCUUCUGAUGAAAGAGGCAGCAAAACAGGAACUGGUAAAAAAAUUUCCUGUAAAAACAUACUGGCUUGGAUUAAUAUUUAGACCUGAUCGGAGAGACUGGUAUUGGGCAGACAACACAACUCUUACAGAAGAACAAAAGUAUCAUCUAAAGGAUAGAAACUUCCCGGAAGAUUGUGGAUAUUCUUAUGAAGCUACCAUAUAUGUCACAUCAUGUAAGAGAUCGUUUAACUAUAUCUGUGAAAAGCCCGCCAUCCAAUUACAAAGAGGUAACAACCAUUGGCAGGAGGACUGGUUUGUCAGACCAAAAUGAUUUUGAUAAGCUAGAAGACAUCCUGCAAGACAUACAUAAAAAAUAUCUUCAUACUAAGGAAACAUGCAUGGUGACUGGCUGAAAGAGCAACCCACAACUGUCAUUCCAGAUCCAGAACUGCCAAAUGAUUAUUCAGUUUUAGCCAACACAAGUGAUGGACAAAAAGGCCCAAAGUAAUAGCCAGGAAAAAAAAAAAGCACAGUGGCAAGGCAAACAUGGAUGGAUACUGCUCCUCUCCCAGGAUCCACUGAUACUACUUGUUGAUUAGUAACUGUACAGUUGUAACAAAGAAAAGUUAUGAGGAUUAAACACUUUCACUCCAGAGAUAUUCCUGACAUCUUAUUGAUCUGACUGCUUGUCACAGUUUGACUCAGGAUCAGCAAUUAAACCAGUGACAAUUAUGCUCUUCAUCUCCUCCCCCUCCCACCCAGGUAGGAAAAGGAGACAGAUAAGGAGAAAGACUUCUUGGAUUUAAAACUGAACCAAACAGCUUUAA